UGUGGUUCUUAUUAAUUUUAUUUUUUUAUUCUAUUUUCUUGUUAGUUAAUUCCUUACUAUCAAUAGCUUACAAAAUUUAUUUUUGUGUGUAUUGAAAUAUUUGUUUUAAGAUUUAUUAUAAUAAUAUUGCAUUUAAUAUUGAAUAUUUUAAAAAUAAAAUCACAAACAUGGCUGUAGAUAUGGACUUGAAAAAUGCAUUCAAAGAACUUCAUGAAAAAUUAUUAUAUGCAUCUCAAAAAAUAAAAUUGGCUGAUUUGCAAAUUGAUACACUUCGUCGUACUAAGCAACAUAAUAUUCUUACUAAGCAAGAACUAGAGAAAAUACCAAAAGAUGUGAAGACAUAUGAAGCUUUGGGUCGCGCAUUUGUUUUAACACCAAGAGAUGAUGUAUUUAAAAACUUAGAUAAAGUUAACAGUGAUACCGAACAAAAAAUUACUGUUUUAGAAAAUACUAAACAAUAUUUGGAAGGAAAUUUGAAAGAGAGUGAGAAUAAUUUACGUGAAAUGGUACAACGCAAAAGGGAUGUUGGCGGUGAUAAGGAAAAUCAACCAGGCAGUUCUAAAGAUUAAAAUAAUUUAAAUUUGACUUUUUUUUAAAUUCUAAUUUAUUAAAUUAACUCCACAAUUGA